UUUCCGUCCGAUCGAUGCUGUGCCGCUGCCGACGCCGACGACUGUUUAUUUUAGUAAAUUUUGCGGAGUGAAGAACUCGAAAAAUAGCGAAAAAAGUGCUGCAUUUGUUGGAAUAUUGCGUCACAGUUUCUUCUGAAAGCUUGUAGAACGAGAUAGUGUAGGAGAGUUCGCGGGAUGGAUCCUCCGAAAGAACCAACAAAACCUGGUUUGGAUGCGGAUUCGGAUGCAGCACUAGCUGCAUCUGCUGCAAAUGCUGUGGAACAAUGGCGUACGUAUCAGAAUGCGUAUGCGCUGUAUCAACAGCAGCAAGCUGCUUACGAGCAGUACAUGCAAAAACAAGCCACUAUCACUACGUAUGAAGAACAGCAGGCAGCCUACAAUCAGUACCUGGAGGCCCACAAUAGCUACCAGAAGCAACUGGAACAAUACGAACAACAUAAGGCGUAUCAGGAAUACUACACGAGUGGAGCGGCGGUUGAUCCUGCUGCCUAUUACCCGGCAACUACGACGGCAUACCCACAUGUUGCUGCUGGAGCCGUGGUUCCCCCGGUAUUCACCACUCCACUGGCGCAUGUCGAUCAGUUCUACAACAAAGCAAAUGAUCACCGGCGUGAUCCUUCCACGCUGAAAGAUCGAUCUUAUGUUUCCAAGCGUGCCAAGGCUUAUACAUCUACUAAUUAUUAUGCCAAUCCGGACGACGAGCAGCUUUUCCCACCGGAGUUGAAGGCAUUGUUUAGAGAUCUGGACUGUGGUCUGUGCAAGAGCAAAAUGAAUUCCCACAUCUCCGCCAACGUGCACUAUCAAUCGAAGGUGCACGAGAAGAAAAUCAUCCAAUGGCUGACGGACUGGUGCGAGCGUACCGGAACACCUAUGCCGUAUCGGGCCAAGCGGAAGCCCGUACCGGUGGAACCGGUUGGGCCGAAUUCAUUGCGCUGUGAGGCAUGCGAUUUGCCGCUAACUUCGAUCCAGCAUGCCAAUCAGCACUACACUGGAAAACGGCACCGAAUGGUGGUUAGCGGCAAGAAAACCCCGGCCGGCAGGGGCUACUUCAAUAAGGAUGGCCAGUGGACUAGACGCCAUGCAGUCUCAGACGGUGAUCCAGAUAGAUUUGGAAUUGGUCAAUCGUUUGCUAAUAAGAAUCACUACAGCGUCAGCGAAGCCAAAAGAAUGCGGUUGGAGCCUCCGCCAGCAGUUCCGGAGGGAUUGCUCGAGGGUACUAACAUUGAUCCGGCCAUAAGUUCGGUGCCUAUAACUACAAGCGUAGCUCCACCGGCUUCAGUAAUACCACAACCAGUGGUGGUUCCACCUUAUGCACCACCUGUGGUUGUCGCACCUGUCGUGCAACCCGCCAAAACUUUGGAGGCCGAGGUGCGCAAAAAGGAAAGUGCCGACUGUGUCGAUGACAGUGGAGUAUUCUGCAAGGUCUGUCAAAUAGCGGUCACUUCCGCGGCCGUUAUGGAAACCCAUUUGAAAGGCGUUAAGCAUUUGAAAAAGUUGAAAUCGAUUGGUCGCAUGCCCCCGCCAUCUAGGAAUUCUUCGUCCAGUGCUAAAGGUGGCUGCAACGCUGAGACUAUUUUAGCUGCUUUGACUAGCCCUCAGCCAGCGCAAAUGGAUUGGUCAUUGUACCGGAUGCCAUCCGGUAAGUAUUAUUGUAAGACCUGCAACUGUAUAAUGGCAGAUGAAAAAUUGUUCUCCCAACAUUGGUACGGUAAGAAACAUAAACUAAAGGCCAAACAAGAAAUGGAAGAUGCGUCCGGAAUUGACAAAAAGCCAAAAAGCAUUGGGUACCGUCGUUUCAAGAAGCCGUUCGUUCAAUAAGAUGCACACCGGACCAGAGGGAUGAGUUCAAUACUUACGAAGUUUACGAGUUCAACUUACUGAACUUUUUUUUUUAAAAAGCAUCACUUUUAUUAUAUUUUUUUCAAAGAUAUAAGACAUAAUGAAUCCAAUCUUCCUCGUCUACAGAUAACAAGUUUUUUAUGUUUUUUUUUUGGCUAAUAAUAGUGAUAAUGCUAAUGAUUUGAUAAUGCUAACAAAAAACUUCAUUAUACUAUCAUACUAUUAUUAUAUUCAAUAUCUUAUCAAGAAUAUCUUACAGUACUCGAUAGUUGGGUCUUUAAGAAAAUCCAAUCAUUAUUAUCUGAUAAUUGCCUGGAACAGUUUGAAAUUAACUGGGAAAUAAAAAGUUGAGCUUUUUAAUCACAGCAUACAUUGAGUAUAACCUUCAACGAUACGAAAAAAAAAUGUAAUU